AUGCCAACCUCCGACUUUUGCGUGGGGCAAUAUGUGGGCACGUGGGGUAUCAGGAACCGGCCCCAUGACAGAUUCACUAAUGCCAGUCAAUAAUCCACGAGCCGGGCUGGCGACGGACGCUGUGCAAAAUGCCUCGAGCACGAGCUGCCCAGUUCCGACGACCACGACGAGGGCGCGCACGGCCGCUGUGGGGUGGUGAAGGCGCCGUUGACGUGAGCCAAUCAGCGCUUGGCUUGAUCAAGGUUUUCCAGCCCGCUAGCUUGCUCUUGGAAAAGCUUAAAUCCUACCGCAGAGCCGCACCACCACCAGCCCCUCCGCAGCAAAACGGCACUCUUCGAUGAGGCCAGACGGCAUGGCAAGACAACACAGGGCUAACAUGGAAGCAGGCGUUCGGCCCUGCUACCCCGCAUGUAGCAUGUAGACUACGCGCAAUGUUUCACAGUCUUAAAACCUCCCGCUAUCCACUUAUACCGC